AAUCAGCAGAAUCUUCCUUCUUCCUCCCCUGCCCUCAUAAUAGACAUUUCUGACACCACAUCCGAGACACCAUGGGCACUAGCGCCAACUAACAGCUGCCAAACGCAAAGAAGUCAAUGGGAGAAGCGAAGGAAAUUGAGGCCAAGGGGCUGGGCCCUCAAACGCCGAGCAGCCUCUGGACUCUGGGUCUUACAGUGCUGCCCAUGGAUUAACCAGACUGAAUGGUUUGAGGGUGAACAGGGUACGUCUUAUUCAGAUGCUUCUGGAACGUCGAAAUUAUCUUCUUUUGGAAAGAACCAUCCCCUCUUUGGGCUUCAGAUGCCCAGAUUGAGGCGCAGUGAUGACAGGAUGUGGUGGUCCACUCUGAUGUCACUCUUGAGGGCUAGUGCCCAGAAGUGCAUCCUGGACGCAUGUUUGUGAAAGAGCAAGUAAAGGCAAAGGUAUGGAUGGAGUCACUCAGGCAAAAUGUAUAAGUUCUUUUUGGAGGAGGAUAGCUGCUCGGACAGUAAGAAUUAUAAGAGCUGUGAGAGUUCAUUUUGAAGGAAUAAUGGGUGAACCAUCCCCCUUGGCUAAGCCUCUGGAGCUGAACCAGCACUCCCGAUUCAUAAUUGGCUCUGUGUCUGAAGACAACUCAGAGGAUGAGAUCAGCAACCUGGUGAAGCUAGACCUACUGGAGGAGAAGGAGGGCUCUCUGUCACCAGCUUCUGUUGGCUCAGAUACACUCUCUGACUUGGGGCUCCCUAUCCUACCUGAUGGCUGCUUGGCCUCACACAUGAGGUCCAGCAUGUCUGGCAUGCAUCUAGUAAAGCAAUGUCGAGAUCGCAAGAAAAUAGACUCACAGAGAGAUUUCACUGUAGCUUCUCCAGCAGAAUUUGUUACUCGUUUUGGAGGGAAUAAAGUGAUUGAGAAGGUUCUUAUUGCCAACAAUGGCAUUGCUGCAGUGAAAUGCAUGCGGUCUAUCCGUCGGUGGUCUUAUGAGAUGUUUCGAAAUGAACGUGCAAUUCGAUUUGUUGUCAUGGUGACACCUGAAGAUCUUAAAGCCAAUGCAGAAUACAUUAAGAUGGCAGAUCACUAUGUGCCUGUACCUGGAGGACCAAACAACAACAACUAUGCAAAUGUGGAAUUAAUUCUUGAUAUAGCUAAAAGGAUUCCGGUGCAAGCAGUGUGGGCUGGAUGGGGUCAUGCUUCUGAGAAUCCCAAGCUUCCAGAACUUCUUUUGAAAAAUGGCAUCGCCUUUAUGGGUCCUCCAAGCCAGGCCAUGUGGGCUUUGGGGGAUAAGAUUGCAUCUUCUAUAGUUGCUCAAACUGCAGGUAUCCCAACUCUUCCCUGGAGUGGCAGUGGCCUUCGUGUAGACUGGCAGGAAAAUGAUUUUUCAAAACGCAUUUUAAAUGUUCCCCAGGAACUGUAUGAAAAGGGUUACGUAAAGGACGUGGAUGAUGGACUGGAGGCAGCAGAGGAAGUUGGAUAUCCAGUAAUGAUCAAGGCCUCAGAAGGAGGAGGAGGGAAAGGGAUCAGAAAAGUCAACAAUGCAGAUGACUUCCCUAACCUCUUUAGACAGGUUCAAGCUGAAGUCCCUGGAUCUCCUAUAUUUGUGAUGAGACUAGCCAAACAAUCUCGUCAUCUGGAGGUGCAGAUAUUAGCAGAUCAAUAUGGCAAUGCUAUCUCUUUGUUUGGUCGUGAUUGCUCUGUGCAGCGCAGGCAUCAGAAGAUUAUUGAAGAGGCACCUGCUGCUAUUGCUACUCCGGCAGUAUUUGAACAUAUGGAACAGUGUGCAGUAAAACUUGCCAAAAUGGUUGGCUAUGUGAGUGCUGGGACUGUGGAAUACCUCUAUAGCCAAGAUGGCAGCUUCUACUUUCUGGAACUGAAUCCUCGGCUACAGGUGGAGCACCCUUGUACAGAGAUGGUGGCUGAUGUCAACCUUCCUGCAGCACAACUCCAGAUUGCCAUGGGGAUUCCUCUAUACAGAAUCAAGGAUAUUCGUAUGAUGUAUGGUGUAUCUCCCUGGGGUGAUGCUCCCAUUGAUUUUGAAAAUUCUGCUCAUGUUCCUUGCCCAAGGGGCCAUGUUAUUGCUGCUCGGAUCACUAGUGAAAAUCCAGAUGAGGGUUUUAAGCCCAGCUCAGGAACAGUUCAGGAACUGAAUUUCCGUAGCAAUAAGAACGUUUGGGGUUAUUUCAGUGUUGCUGCUGCAGGGGGUCUUCAUGAAUUCGCUGAUUCUCAGUUUGGUCACUGCUUCUCCUGGGGAGAAAACAGAGAAGAAGCAAUUUCAAACAUGGUAGUGGCUUUAAAAGAGCUAUCUAUUCGGGGUGAUUUUCGAACAACAGUUGAAUACCUGAUCAAAUUGUUGGAGACUGAAAGCUUUCAGUUGAAUAGAAUUGACACUGGCUGGCUAGACAGACUGAUAGCAGAAAAAGUACAGGCAGAACGACCUGACACCCUGUUGGGAGUUGUGUGUGGGGCUCUCCAUGUGGCAGAUGUGAGCCUACGUAACAGCGUCUCUAACUUCCUCCACUCCUUAGAAAGGGGUCAAGUCCUUCCUGCUCAUACACUUCUGAAUACAGUAGAUGUUGAACUUAUCUAUGAGGGAGUCAAGUAUGUACUCAAGGUGACUCGACAGUCCCCCAACUCCUAUGUGGUGAUCAUGAAUGGUUCAUGUGUAGAAGUAGAUGUGCAUCGACUGAGUGAUGGAGGACUGCUCUUAUCCUAUGAUGGCAGCAGCUAUACCACAUACAUGAAGGAGGAAGUAGACAGAUAUCGCAUCACAAUUGGGAAUAAAACCUGUGUGUUUGAGAAGGAGAAUGACCCUUCGGUGAUGCGCUCACCUUCUGCUGGGAAGUUAAUUCAGUACAUUGUGGAAGAUGGAGGCCAUGUGUUUGCUGGACAGUGCUAUGCUGAGAUUGAGGUGAUGAAGAUGGUAAUGACCUUAACAGCUGCAGAGUCUGGCUGCAUCCAUUAUGUCAAGCGGCCUGGAGCAGCUCUUGACCCAGGCUGUGUAAUAGCCAAAAUGCAGUUGGACAAUCCCAGCAAGGUUCAGCAGGCUGAGCUUCACACUGGCAGUCUGCCACAGAUCCAGAGCACGGCACUCAGAGGCGAGAAGCUCCAUCGAGUGUUCCACUACGUCCUGGAUAAUCUGGUCAACGUAAUGAAUGGAUACUGCCUUCCAGAUCCUUUCUUUAGCAGCAGGGUAAAAGACUGGGUGGAGCGGUUGAUGAAGACACUCAGAGAUCCCUCCUUGCCACUCCUAGAAUUGCAGGAUAUUAUGACCAGUGUCUCUGGGCGUAUUCCCCUCAAUGUGGAGAAGUCUAUCAAGAAGGAAAUGGCUCAGUAUGCUAGCAACAUCACAUCAGUCCUCUGUCAGUUUCCUAGCCAGCAGAUUGCCAACAUCCUAGAUAGCCAUGCAGCUACAUUGAACCGGAAAUCUGAACGGGAAGUAUUCUUCAUGAACACUCAGAGCAUUGUCCAGCUGGUCCAGAGGUACCGAAGUGGCAUCCGAGGGCACAUGAAGGCUGUGGUGAUGGACCUGCUGCGGCAGUACCUGCGGGUAGAGACACAGUUCCAGAACGGUCACUAUGACAAAUGUGUGUUUGCCCUUCGGGAGGAGAACAAGAGUGACAUGAACACGGUACUGAACUACAUCUUCUCUCAUGCUCAAGUCACCAAGAAGAAUCUUCUGGUCACAAUGCUUAUUGAUCAGUUGUGUGGUCGGGACCCUACCCUCACUGAUGAGCUGCUGAAUAUCCUCACAGAACUAACCCAACUCAGUAAGACAACCAAUGCGAAAGUGGCACUUCGAGCACGCCAGGUUCUUAUUGCCUCCCAUUUGCCAUCAUAUGAGCUUCGCCAUAACCAAGUAGAGUCUAUCUUCCUAUCAGCUAUUGACAUGUACGGACAUCAGUUUUGCAUUGAAAACCUGCAGAAACUCAUCUUGUCCGAAACAUCUAUUUUUGAUGUUCUACCAAACUUCUUCUAUCACAGCAACCAGGUAGUGAGGAUGGCAGCUCUGGAGGUGUAUGUUCGAAGGGCUUAUAUUGCCUAUGAACUUAACAGCGUACAACACCGCCAGCUUAAGGACAAUACCUGCGUAGUGGAAUUCCAGUUCAUGCUGCCCACAUCUCAUCCAAAUAGAGGGAACAUCCCCACGCUAAACAGAAUGUCCUUCUCCUCCAACCUCAACCACUAUGGCAUGACGCACGUAGCGAGUGUCAGCGAUGUGCUGCUGGACAACUCAUUCACCCCGCCAUGCCAGCGGAUGGGUGGCAUGGUCUCUUUUCGGACUUUUGAAGAUUUUGUCAGGAUCUUUGAUGAAGUGAUGGGUUGCUUCUGUGACUCCCCACCCCAAAGCCCCACAUUCCCUGAGGCAGGUCACACAUCUCUAUAUGAUGAAGAUAAGGUUCCUAGAGAUGAACCAAUUCACAUUCUAAAUGUGGCUAUCAAGACUGAUGGUGAUAUUGAGGAUGACAGGCUGGCAGCUAUGUUCAGAGAGUUUACUCAGCAAAAUAAAGCUACUCUGGUUGAACAUGGCAUACGGCGACUUACUUUCCUGGUGGCACAAAAGGAUUUCAGAAAACAGGUCAACUGUGAGGUGGAUCAAAGAUUUCAUAGAGAAUUCCCUAAAUUUUUCACCUUCCGAGCAAGGGAUAAGUUUGAGGAGGAUCGUAUCUACCGUCACCUGGAGCCUGCCCUAGCUUUCCAGUUAGAGUUGAACCGGAUGAGAAAUUUUGACCUGACUGCCAUUCCAUGUGCAAAUCACAAGAUGCACCUGUAUCUUGGGGCGGCCAAGGUGGAAGUGGGCACCGAAGUGACAGACUACAGGUUCUUUGUUCGUGCAAUCAUCAGACAUUCUGAUCUGGUCACCAAGGAAGCUUCCUUUGAAUAUCUGCAGAAUGAAGGGGAGCGGCUGCUCCUGGAAGCGAUGGACGAACUGGAGGUUGCGUUCAACAACACAAACGUCCGCACCGAUUGCAACCACAUCUUCCUCAAUUUUGUGCCCACUGUCAUCAUGGACCCCUCCAAGAUUGAGGAAUCUGUGCGGAGCAUGGUAAUGCGCUAUGGAAGUCGGCUGUGGAAAUUACGCGUCCUCCAGGCAGAACUGAAAAUCAACAUUCGCCUGACACCAACUGGAAAAGCAAUUCCCAUCCGCCUCUUCCUGACGAACGAGUCUGGCUAUUACUUGGACAUCAGCCUGUACAAGGAAGUGACUGAUCCCAGGACAGCACAGAUUAUGUUUCAGGCAUAUGGUGACAAACAGGGACCAUUACAUGGGAUGCUGAUCAACACUCCAUAUGUGACCAAAGACCUACUUCAAUCAAAGAGGUUCCAGGCGCAGUCCUUAGGGACAACGUAUAUAUAUGACAUCCCAGAGAUGUUUCGGCAGUCCCUGAUCAAACUGUGGGAGUCUAUGACCACUCAAGCAUUCCUUCCAUCACCCCCUCUGCCUUCUGAUAUGCUGACGUAUACCGAGCUUGUGUUGGAUGAUCAAGGUCAACUGGUUCACAUGAACAGGCUUCCAGGAGGAAAUGAGAUUGGCAUGGUAGCUUGGAAAAUGACCCUUAAAAGUCCUGAAUAUCCAGAAGGCCGAGAUAUCAUCGUUAUUGGCAAUGACAUCACAUACCGAAUUGGGUCCUUUGGCCCCCAGGAGGAUUUGCUGUUUCUCAGAGCUUCUGAGCUUGCCAGGGCAGAGGGUAUCCCACGUAUCUUUGUAGCAGCCAACAGUGGAGCAAGAAUUGGACUGGCAGAGGAAAUUCGUCACAUGUUUCACGUAGCCUGGGUAGAUCCUGAGGAUCCUUACAAGGGAUACAAAUAUUUAUAUCUGACCCCUCAAGAUUAUAAAAGAGUCAGUGCUCUCAACUCUGUCUAUUGUGAACAUGUGGAGGAUGAAGGAGAAUCCAGGUAUAAGAUAACUGAUAUUAUUGGGAAAGAAGAGGGACUUGGAGCAGAAAACCUUCGAGGUUCUGGAAUGAUUGCUGGAGAAUCCUCACUGGCCUAUGAUGAGAUCAUCACCAUCAGCCUGGUUACAUGCCGGGCCAUUGGGAUUGGGGCUUACCUUGUCCGACUGGGACAGAGAACCAUCCAGGUUGAAAAUUCUCAUUUAAUACUCACAGGAGCUGGGGCCCUCAACAAAGUCCUGGGUCGAGAAGUAUACACCUCCAAUAAUCAGCUCGGAGGCAUCCAGAUCAUGCACAACAAUGGGGUGACCCACAGCACCGUUUGUGAUGACUUUGAAGGGGUUUUCACUGUCCUGCACUGGCUGUCUUAUAUGCCCAAGAGUGUGCACAGUUCAGUUCCUCUCCUGACCUCCAAGGAUCCUAUAGAUAGAAUCAUCGAAUUUGUUCCCACAAAAGCCCCGUAUGAUCCUCGGUGGAUGCUAGCAGGUCGUCCUCAUCCAACCCAGAAAGGUCAGUGGUUGAGUGGAUUUUUUGACUAUGGUUCUUUCUCAGAGAUCAUGCAGCCCUGGGCACAGACCGUGGUGGUUGGCAGAGCCAGGCUAGGAGGAAUACCUGUGGGAGUAGUUGCCGUAGAAACCCGAACAGUGGAACUAAGUAUCCCAGCUGAUCCCGCAAACCUGGAUUCCGAAGCCAAGAUAAUCCAGCAGGCUGGCCAGGUUUGGUUCCCAGACUCUGCAUUUAAGACCUAUCAAGCUAUCAAGGACUUCAACCGUGAAGGACUUCCUCUGAUGGUCUUUGCCAACUGGAGAGGCUUCUCGGGUGGGAUGAAAGAUAUGUACGACCAAAUCCUGAAGUUUGGUGCUUACAUUGUGGAUAGCUUACGGGAGUGUUCUCAGCCCGUGAUGGUCUACAUUCCUCCCCAGGCCGAGCUGCGGGGUGGCUCCUGGGUUGUGAUUGACCCCACCAUCAACCCCCGGCACAUGGAGAUGUAUGCUGACCGAGAAAGCAGGGGAUCAGUUCUGGAGCCAGAAGGGACAGUAGAAAUCAAAUUCCGCAAAAAGGAUCUGGUGAAAACCAUGCGUCGGGUGGACCCCGUCUACAUCCACUUGGCUGAGCGAUUAGGCACCCCAGAGUUAAGUGCAGCUGAGCGGAAGGAGCUGGAGAACAAGUUGAAGGAGCGGGAGGAAUUCCUAAUUCCCAUUUACCAUCAGGUAGCCGUGCAGUUUGCUGACUUGCACGACACACCGGGCCGGAUGCAGGAGAAGGGUGUUAUUAACGACAUCCUAGACUGGAAAACAUCCCGUACCUUUUUCUACUGGAGACUGAGGCGUCUCCUGCUGGAGGACCUGGUCAAGAAGAAAAUCCACAAUGCCAACCCUGAGCUGACCGACGGCCAGAUCCAGGCCAUGUUAAGACGCUGGUUUGUGGAAGUGGAAGGAACAGUGAAGGCCUAUGUUUGGGACAACAACAAGGACCUGGUGGAGUGGCUGGAGAAACAGCUGACGGAGGAAGAUGGCGUCCGCUCAGUCAUUGAGGAAAACAUCAAAUACAUCAGCAGAGACUAUGUCCUCAAGCAGAUCCGCAGCUUGGUCCAGGCCAAUCCAGAGGUUGCCAUGGAUUCUAUCGUCCACAUGACCCAGCACAUCUCACCCACCCAGCGAGCAGAAGUCGUCCGAAUCCUCUCCACGAUGGACUCCCCGUCAACGUAGGAAGAGCUUCCUGCCACCCCUGCCCUGCCCCCGGCCAUAAGGGCUAGAGCUGCCUUUUAUGACUGAAACCACUGCAAUAAGAAGGUACAGGAGACCCAGCACUGGAAUCAGAGUGGCAUUUGUUUCCCCGCAGAUGCUCUCAGGUUGUGUGUGACACUGGGAUCUGGGGUCACGAAGCCCCCGCUCCAGCCCACCAGUCACACCCGUUCCGCUCAGUAUUUAUUACCUUGGCUGGGACUCCAGUCCACUCCCCGACGCCAGCCCGAGAAGGCAAUGAAGGGUGCGAGCACAUACCGUGAGGUCUUACAACACAAACGCAGGCGGCCCCCGUCCUGACGGCCCCUUGGUCCCAGCACGGAGAAGGGGCGUUGUCGCCCGCCGUCAGCAGCCCCCGCCACCUCUGGCCCCGUGAGCCCGCAGCCACAGGCAGCAGGGGAGGGCCGGGCCUGGCUCCCAUCUGGUGGUCUCGAGGGCAGUGUUUCUUUACCCCCCACCCUCAGCCCAGGACACACUAGGCGCUGAAGAGGCCGGCUCCCCGUUUUAGUCACACCCAGUACCUGGUUAUGAAGAAAGACUAGAGCACAAAACCUGCGCCCUCCAUGAGAACUCGAGGAGGGCAAAACCACCAUCCAAGACGCACAAGCCAAGUCGCUGCUGUUCCUUUAGGGGGCCUCCACCUUGGGCUAAGUGCUCUUAGAACAAAUGGAAAGAUGUUUGACCCCCCACUACCCUGCAUGUCACUGCUCAGUCAGCUCUCUUGCCCCUGAUGGGAGCCGCAAGGCCAAUGUGCGAGAGGCCCCUGCCUUCUGCCGGGGGUCCCGCCCGCAGGGCUAUAACCCAGGUUGGCAAGGAGGGGCCGAGGAGCUGUCCUUCCUGUUGCUGAUAGAAACCAGUCACUCACGCCACCAGGAGAGCCGGCCGGGUGGUCUCUGACAGGACGUGGAAGGUUGUUCCUCUUAAGCCUGGAGCUUCGGUAAUUCCAAGAGGUCAGUAGUGCCUACAGCAUCACUCAUCACUAUUCUGCUAGCAGCAGACACCCCCCGUUUGGGUCUUGUUUCUGCCUAGAAUGUGCAGAGGCAACAGGUCUCCCCACAGCUGCUGAAAGGAACCCUGGUGACAACUAUGCUCUCGGCACCGGGACCGGACCUUCCCCGGUGAGGCCUCCAGGGAACACAAAAUCCACGUGACCGUAAGAUUAUUUAUCACUCUGUCAUGGUGCUGCGGUCUUCCGGGCUCACUGGGGCCUCCUCAUGGGGGCAACGAGAGUGUGUUUUCAGCCACCAGUUUAUUCAAGGAGCGAGCGAGCGAGCCCCCCAUUGGUAUUCCUAGAACAAGCGUGGGAAUGAAUCCAGGCCCUGCAGAGCAACUCAUUGCAUUUGUCACCGACGACCAAGAAGGACACCACUAAGACCGAGGGGCGGUGGCGAUACUCCUGUACCAGCCAUGGUUUUGAGCCUUAACUCUAGUUUGUACUCGAGGAGCUGCGCGCCCUUCUCUGGGAACGGCAAACAGCGGGUCGGGAAGACCUCACCAGUUCUAGAUGCGGACAGCGCUGCGUGGCUGGCUCCACUCUGACUGCCCCCGGAGCCUCGGCCCAGCCGCCCCGGCAGGUGUUCUGUGCCAUGAGAGGGCGGACGACGGAGGGGACAGAAGCGGCGCCACUGCCUGCCCUGCAGGGAAGCAGCAGAUGCAUCUUUGACCACCUUGCUCUGCCGUGGGCGGGGGUCCACACGCCCCUGGGCACGGUAAGGUCCUGCACCCCCUGGCCCGGCAGGACAACUUUCUCAGUCCACUGCUCCCCCCGCCACCCAAUUAUGACACAAGAAGUGAACACGUCUCCCUGCUGGAGCCCUGUAACGCCUGCUGCCCAGGCCUGCUCGCCUCGCUGUAGGUCUGACCCUGCAUGGGGAUUUUUCCUAUGGAGAAGUCAGGAAGGGGAGCAGGAGGGCCGCCCGCCGUUCCCGCAGCCCGUCACGUGUGCAAGGGCGCCGGGCCGCAGGGGCGGAAAGGGCGGGCUGACCAGGACUUGCUGGAGCCGAGCUGGCCGUGUCGUCUGUUCACCCGUCCACAACGCAGCCGCCACUUCUCAUUGAGGAGUCUGUGGCCUCGGACCCUGACGAGCAAGGACCGUCAGUCAACUGUAUUCUUUUCACAGUUUGUUAAAAUAAACCUCCACCUUUGUAGAAGCGUCACUGUCAUUUCAGCCCUUGCCAGCCACCUCAUUCUUGUUCCACUCUCAGCAAACCCCCUCCAAAAGGCCACGGGAACCAGGCGCCGCUUCCGGGACAGUCAGACACGCGCUGUGGCCGGCCUGGGCAGUGCCCGGUGGCCCCGUGAUCUUAAGUGAAUGCAAAGGUUUGCCCCCUCAGUGGGCCGGGCGGGGCAGGGGGGCGGUUCUGAGUCAGAUCACCUGAGGCCUCUUACAGAGGUUUUAGUCUCUUAAUGAGCAAGGAAUUUGAACACUAACUUCAGGCACAAAAAGGCAGAGGGCCAGGGGAACGACUCAUGGCUGUGUACCUCCAACCCUAGCCUCCCCUCACUGCCCCUUUCUGGGACCAAGCUCUCCCUGAAUCCAUGGAGUUGAAGCAGGAACAAGCACCAGCCCCCGACACUUGGGAAGAAAGUAUGGGCCACAGCAAGCAGGGGAGGCAGCACCGGCCUUUGCAGGUGAUACACCCUGUGCUGUCUGUCUCGGGGAGGUGUGGCAGAGCACAAGGUGGGUGUUUCCAAAAUGAAAUGGAAGGUUAAAUUUAAAAAAUGUAUCAGUUUGAAUCCCCCUAAGCUCGAUGUCCUAGAAAAGGGAGGAAGAAGAUUCAGGAUCCAGGGGAAUGACCGCUCUGCCAGGCUGCUGCUCUCGGGCCAGGGGUCUUAGCGCCGAGGCCUGGGGGCUCUGUGCCCCGUCCCUUUGCAGGCGGAUGCCAGCACCUGUUGCUGGUUCUGGGGAACAUGGGCAAGAUGAAUGAGAAGAUUCUGCCUCUGGCACUAGUCUGAUACAAACAGUGCUGGCUUCUUUUUAACAAAAGAAAAUUUUAAAGUCCCAUUGGUGUUCCUCUGGGGUGACAGGGGAGAGACUGAAUAGUGAGGGUUCUAUGAUCUAGUCCUGGGCCCACCUGUAUUUCUCCAGCUGAAAAACAAGGACACGGUGCCAAAGCAAGUGUCUAAUGACCACCCCCACACCCCUCCUGACAAGCUAGCCCCGCUGCCAGGCUGUGGUGGUGCCUAGAGAGGCGCUGGGUUGGGAGGUCACCGCCACCCAAGCACUGGCUUCUUAGGGUGACCCUCUGGCCUGUCCUGAUUCACGUGGGGGACAGGAAGGUGCUAAGGUCCGCAUGCCUAGCACAGACAGUAAGAGCUGAUGCCCACUGGCAGAAAGAGGCUCCAGCUGGACAAUAAAGGUGCGUAUCCCAAACACAGUGCCAGUAUCUGCCAACUCAGUCCAGGGAUGUUAGACAAGUUGAAUGGGAGCACAGCUGGCACUUGGGGACGAGAGACCAUGAAAUUUGAAAAAAGUAACAGAUCAUGAGAGUUUAAUGGCAGGAACAGGUGUGUUGGAGACGAGAGUGGGCACCUUUGAUGGUCUGGGGCAGGGAAGAUUGGGUGGGUACCAAGGUCUAGGAAGCAGCCUGGUUGAGCAAAAUGGGUGCAGCUGUGGAGCCAAGAAAUCUGGCUCCAAGCUCAGCUCAACGUGUAUAUGUCCCUGAGCCAGAGGGUCGCCUGGCCCCCGGAUGGCACAGAAGUAAUAGGGGAGUAAGCCUCGUGCCUCAGCAAGCAGCAGAAGCGCACUAAGCGUCUUUGGGAUGACAGGCGUUUUACCUCCUCGGGAAGUGGAGUGGCUCCCGUGCUGGCCAGGAGCCCCAGUGGUUAACACUACUGAUAA